AUGGGGCAGCAGAUGUGUCAACAAGAAUCUGUAUGCUGCAGCGCUGAGACGUGCAAAGUUGACAUCGACAAGCUGGCCGAUGGUGCGCCCAUGGAGGGACCUGCAGAUGCGGAGUGUCCUCAGUGCCCACCCUCGGAUGCUUCGGGUUCAGCAAGCUACCUGGAAGAAGGUGCGCAACUAGGUGGCCUCUUCUCGGUCGAUGCAGAGACGGUCCGGUUUGUUUCUUUGGCCUCCACCUUGCAGUCUGGCGGGUGGAUGUGGCGUGUGCGGCCAGAGAAGAUGAACCACACAGAGCUGCUGAGCUUGUGGGCGAGAUCUACGCAGACAGAUGCCUUCGACGUCUUUGUCUCACACACCUGGUCAACGCCUGGGCACUGCAAAUACCUGUCCCUUUUACUUAGUUCGUGUUGGCACUAUGCGCUUGCAGCUUGGCUGGCGACAGCAGUGCCACUUCUGUUUCUGUACUGGAAUCGCGCACUACCUUUAGUGGCUAUCUACCCGACCACUUUCGACAGCUUUGAGCUCAGAGUUCCCUACUGGCCAUGGAUACAGCCGGCGACGUUUUUGGCCGCAGCUGCUGCCCUCUUCCUCGCGCCGCACUGCAUCCUCCACCGGUUCUUCACAACCCGCUGCUUCUACGACGUGGUCUGCGUGAACCAAGCGGAUCCCUGGGAGCAGAGGCAGGGGAUCAACAGCAUCGCCGGGCUCCUGGCCGCCUCCAAGCAGCUGCGCAUCCUCUGGAGCCCCAGCUACCUCUCCCGCCUCUGGUGCGUCUUCGAAAUCGCCGCGUACCGCAAGGCCAAUCCCCAUGGCGAGCUGCGAUUCCAGCCGCUUUUUGUGGAGCGCGACAUUCUCGUGUUGUGGACAUGCGGCUUCUUGGCUGCCGUCCUCUUCUCUGCGAUGCUCAGUAGCUUCACCUACUCUUCGGUGCUACUUGGCGCGAUCCUCUGCUUGGUCUUCCUCCCCGGCGCCCACUUUGUUCGGCGGGGAUACCGGGAGCAGGACCUGCUGCUUCGGAAUCUUGCAGAGUUUGAUCUCAGCGCGGUGUCCUGUGCUUGCGACUUCGACAGACAGUUCAUCUUGUCGGCGGUGCGUUCUUGGUAUGGAAGCACCGAUGCCUUUGUAGAGUAUGUCCGCGGGCCAAUCAGGGAGGAGCUGGUGGAAACGAUGCAGCAGAGCCGAGUGCCGUUUCAAUAUUGCAUUCUGGCGCUGAGUCCCAUCUUCGGGUUCCAGCUCGAUGUGUUCGGUGCGCUGAUCAAUGCCCGUGCGCCCCAGAAUAUUGCCAUCAAGUUCUUGGGACAAAGCAUCACCAUCCUCGCGGUCGCCGUGUGGGGGGUGCGGCUCUUCUUCUGGUUGUCACAGAAAAUGGCCCAGCCAAUCUUCAAGCUGGACUUCUUGCAAACGGCUCUGGUCGUUCUCAUUUGGGCAGUCAUGCAGGUGAUCCCUUUCUGGUCGGUGCUCAGAGCGUUCCAGACAGAUGAGGGCGGUGUAGCUGCAGCUGCCGUGGUCUUCACCCUCCUCGCGGCCAGCAGGCUGCCGGCGUGCAAGACCAUGCUGUCUAAAGUAAUUAGGAUCUCGGGCGCCCAGGGAAAAAUGCGGACCUCGUCAUCAGGAUGA